UAUGAGGCUCAGCUCAGCCCGAUCUAUCGAAGAUAUGUCGACAGGUGUUCUGAAAGCCAUGCUUCAGUUGGUAGAGGUAAGGAGUGGAGUAAAGUCCAAUACCGAUGUGGUUGAUGCUCGUGACGAAUUUGGGCAUGAUUUGUUCGUCCUUUGGCGAGCUAUGAUGUCUUUCAAGUUGGAGGCUAACAUUGAGAGAACAGUAUUGGGUAACUCGCGUCUCGUGCCACACUUGUCCAAACUUGUUGUAGCUAAUUCGGCUAGAAUCAUCGAGCUUGUGCAAUCUGGUUUGCUGUUGCAAAAUGCACUCAUAUCAUACGCACUCGAAGAUGAGGACAUUGACGUGGCGAAGGAGUCACCACUUUUAUCGACACUAACAGAUUAUGCGAAUACUCUCAGAGCAGCGACUCAACGGCUUCUUGCGGUGUUACAAGGUAGUACUUGGGAUAAUACAGGCGGCGGCAAUAUACAGGCAGUAGCAGAUGAUGUUAACGUGGGUAUGCAGAAGUGUUUGGAUGAGUUCCUCCUGAAGCGUGGCGAGCUGGUUAGGGCAGCUAGGGCGGGCUCUACUAAUUCACUCAUCACCUCUGCCAACUUUAGGGUUUACCAUCUGGUUUAUGCUCUAUCAGUGUUCUCUCGGUGUUGGACUGAUAUUGAAUCAAUGUUGGUCAGGCGGGACCUGCCUAUGGAGCUCAUUCCUCAACCUAGUGUGUCGACUGAAUCAUCCCCUAUCGCCACAUCCAGACCGCAUUUACGAUCUGUUACUCGCAGUGAAUCGUGAUUCUCGUUCGUUGUGGGAUGCUCUCUCCCUGUUUCUCACGGACACCCUUCUCGAUCCAUGUAGUUUGGAUUCUUGCCGAUCAC